UGACUGUAAAUUUGUAACCAAAGACUGAGUUUGGCAAGAGUGUAGAGAGAGAGUGAAAUCAAAUUGAACAAGAUUUAAUUAUAUCUUACAUCCCUGUUACAUUUUUUAAUAUACAAUGACGACUAAUAAACUAGCUCAGGGUAUGCGACUGUACUAUGUCAAACAAUCAAACCGCCUCGAAUUUGGAAUUGGAGCAGAAAUGCCUGCCGCGUACAAGAAGUUUUAUGCCGAAUGGAAAUAUGCAAAACCCACCCCUGUACAUUACAUUGAAAAGGAAGGAAAAUAUGAAAGAAAUGAGGCUACUGGAGAAGUAUAUCCAAUACAAAAUGUUCCACUUCCAUUAAAGUAUCCCAAAGAGUCUCACCAAGGUUUAUGGGGUGGUGAAGCUGUAAUACAAGGUUUUCAAAAACGACAUCCAGAUAAACAGAAAAUUCCACAUUUCUGGGUUCCUGCACUGAAAAGAUCCGUCGUUUACAGCGAAGUUCUUGAUAAGUAUAUGCGUGUCACCCUCACCGAAAGAACUUUGGAUUUGAUUCACAAAAAUUAUGGAUUCGACUACUAUUUGUUGAAGACACCAGCUUACGAUUUGAAAUCUGAGCUGGCUUUGAAACUUAAAAAGAAAAUUCUUGAAGCAUUGUCGGAAAAAUCUCUUUAUCCCAACGAUCCUAUCAAGAAAGAAAAAGUUUACUCCAGAUAUGAGCAAUAUUUAUCCGCUUACACAAAAGAAGAAAUCGAAUGGUAUGGCUUAAAUUGGCAUGAGGCCUGCGUGAAGAUGUUUACAAUAAAAGCUGCUCAGACAGUGAUUGCUCCACUGAAACAUCAGUAUCGAGCGGAACUUAUAACUGAGUUACAAAAUGAUACUAAAAAAUCUGAUGAAGCAGAAGAAUCUAGGUAUUUCAUGGUUUUCGAGGCUUAAUCCACUAUCCAAGAGUACAACGACUUCGUAAAAAGAAACUGAUGUAGCAUUGACUCUAUUAUGUAUAUGUAUAUUUAAAAAAAAAAAAAAUAUUAGUAAACUGGCGAAAUGAAUUUAAA